AUGAGAGCUCUUGAAUGUCGGCCAAGUACAGACCACACGCACAGGGCUCUUGUAUCUAUCUGCACCACAGGUUAUAAAUCAACGCUUUAUUCAUCGAAAGAAACAGUUCGUGGGAUAACAUUGGGUCAUGGUUGCACAAGCCACACCUGGCGACCCUCACCAAACAAAAGAGAAAAUCUAGCUAACUUGUGGUGCAAGAACGAGGCUGGGAACACGGCCCUUCAUCUGGCGGCGAGGCUCGGCCAUGGCGCAGCAGUCGAGGCUAUGGUCUCCGCGGCGCCGGGGCUAGCCUCUGAGGUCAACAACGCCGGCGUGUCGGCGCUCUACUGGGCGGUGAUAAGCAGGUCGGUGCCAGCCGUCAGAUCGAUAACGACCAGGUGCGGCAACGCGUCAGCUGCUGGCCUGAGUUCGCAGAAUGCUCUGCACGCCGCCGUCUUCCAGGGCUCAGAAAUGGUGAGGCUGCUAUUGGAGUGGAUGCCAUGUGGCCCAUCCCUGGUUAGCCAAGUCGACGACACCGGCAGCACUCCGCUUCAUUUUGCUUCGCCCACCGGUGACCACCUCUCCGUCGCUGUGCCGCCGUGCGUGGUGCGCAUGCGGGACUCCGGCGGCCUCUCUGCUCUCCAUGUCGCGGCGGGGAUGGGCCACGACCACGUCGCCGAGGCGCUGAUCAAGGCCUGCCCCGACGCCGCCGAGCUCCGGGACGACCGCGGCGGGACCUUCCUGCACGCCGCGGCCAGGGGAGGCCACCUCAAGGUGGUGCGGCUGGCCAUCAAGAAACGGACGCUGCGCGGCCUCCUGAACGCGCAGGACGGGGACGGCAACACGCCUCUCCACCUGGCGGUGGCCGCGGGCGAGCCGGCCAUCGCGGAGGCCCUGAUGGGGAAGGGCAAAGUGCGGGACGACGUCAUGAACAACGAUGGCCAGAAGCCGCUGGACCUCGCCGUGAGAUCGACUAGCUUCUUCUCCAUGGUCAGCCUGGUGGCGACGCUGGCCGCGUUCGAAGCGCAGUCCCGUCCCGAGAGGCGGGACCGCGUGCAGCAGUGGGACGGCCGCGAGAUAACGAAGGCGAUAGAGAAGACGUCCGACAGCCUUGCGGUGAUCGCCGUCCUCGUUGCCAGCGUCGCCUUCACCGCCGCCAACAACCUGCCCGGGUCGUACGAGCAGAGCAGCGGCGGCACCGAUCCGGAGGGGAAGGAGGUGAUCAAAGGCAUGGCGGUCCUCCAGCACGAGGCCAUCUUCAAGUGCUUCCUCAUCCUGGACAGCUUCGCCCUGGUGACCUCCGUGCUCGCGGUGGUGCUGCUCCUCUACGGCAAGGCGUCGCGCUCGGCCGGGUCGUGGAAGACCUUCGGGGCGGCCCUGCACUGCCUGUGGCUUUCCAUGGUAAGCAUGGUCCUGGCGUUCUACGCGGCCCUGGCCGCUGUCACGAGCACAGCGGCGGUCCGCGGCAUCGCCUACAACAUCAUACGCAAUGCCCUUUUCGUGCUGUUAGCCGUGGUCUCGCACUUCGUCAGCCCUCGGGUGUCGUCCCGCACACUAUCCAAGUACCUGUGGCAUAGAGGAUGUCACAGUGUCAUCGUGCAGCAAUAUCCACUCGUCGGCGCUUUCUUGCGCAAUCUGAUUCUGUUCAGGGUUGCAAAUUAUGUUGUAGUGCUUGUGGGCGUUACCACGGUCUUAGCACUUCGGUGACCGUGUGGCAAA